AUGCCUUUUGCUCAGAAUGGAGAUGCAGUAACCAAGGCGGACUACCAAGUUGAAGAAGGCAUCAAAUAUCUUAGAGAGGUAAAGACGACACUACAUCCGUUUGUUGUGAAGGCCCCAUCCGUUGGAAGCUAUACAUGA